AUGUCAGGCCAUUACAAGCUGUGCAUGAUUAGCCAAUCAACAGUACGAGAACUUCAACAAUAUGCAACGGUUCAGUCUAGGUGCUGCAUGAUAAUUCUCGGAUUGUCCGUGUUUCCCGGCUUUCUUCCCGAUCCGAAACGAGAAACGGCGCCUGUACUGCAGUUGCUUCAGCGUCAUUGUCCGGAGACAAUGGCGUCUGAAGACCUAGAAAGGACUUAUUCCCGGGAGCAACAACGACUGGGACCAGGGCACGAAAUUGUAGCAACUCCAGUUGCACUUGUGCGCAGCGUGACUACGAAGAGAAGAGAUGCUCGUGCUGUACGGAUCAAGAAUCUCGAAAAAGAAGAGAGUUGCUCUGCAGCCUUGAAUAAAGAAGACGGGAUUGAGGAGGCUGUGCAGAGGUCGCCGUCGAUGCUGAGUUCGACCAGUUCACUCUCCCAGCAUUCUGGUGGAGGCGAAGACGGAGUACGUGGGCGGCGUAUCAUUCGGUUCGAGGACGGUGAUCCAGAGAAUCCGGAUAAUUGGGGACGGUGGAAGAAAUGCUACGCAAUCUUCGUGGCCAUCAUGAGCGGAGUAGUGGAACCAUUAUCGAAAAACUUUAACGAAUACAACGAACAAAUGCUGAUUUUACCAACCUCGAUCUUUCUCGUCGGCUACACAUGCGGUCCAAUGAUAUGGGGUCCACUCUCAGAGUCCUAUGGCCGUAAAGGCGUAAUGAUGUACUCUUUCGCCCUGCUCACCAUCUUCUCCAUCGCCUCAGCAGUAGCGCCAAACUUUGCAGCACUCGUCAUAUUUCGGCUCUUCGUUGGCAUUGGGGGCAGUGCGGCUAUCAGUGUCGUGGGAGGGAUCUGCGCCGACAUCUACCACAACCCACAGUCCCGCGGACGAAGCAUGGCAAUCUUCAUGGCGGCAACCACUUUCGGACCUCUUCUUGGCCCGAUCGUCUCUGGCUUCAUCGGCGUCAUCUCAUGGAGUUGGCCGUUCUGGAUCGGAGCCAUAUUCGCGGGGGCGUCCUGGCCCAUGUUCUUCUUUUUUCCAGAGACGUACGGGCCAGUGAUUUUGAAACGCCGUGCGGUGCGGCUACGUAAAGAGACUGGCAAAGACGAUAUUGUCGCACCGCUUGAGCUGGAAAAGACGGGCCUCAAUCACAUUGUUACUGUGGUUUUGACGAGGCCUCUGCGCAUGAUUUGCUUUGAACCGCUUGUGUUGUUUACCUGCUUGUAUUUGAGCUACGCUUAUGCGAUCUUCUACAUCUACCUACAGUCCUACCCGGUCAUCUUCACUGGAAUAUACCACUUCAACCCCGGUGAAGUCGGUCUCACAUUCCUACCCAUUGGCGUCGGCGCAUUCAUAUCCGCAAUACUCUACCUGUCCUGGGACGCCAUUCUCAUGCGAGCACAACGUACAAACAAGCCCUGGGCAGAUAAUGAAGAGAUGCGCCGUCUACCACUAGCCUGCAUCGCCGGGCCAUUCUUUGUCAUUUCCGCAUUCUGGCUGGCCUGGACGGCCAAGGAAAGUAUACACUGGAUUGUCCCAGUUCUUGCCGGGAUCCUCUUCGGCAUGGGAUAUCUCUGUCUCUUCAUGGCACUGCUCAACUAUCUCGUCGAUGCAUACGAAGUCUUUGCCGCAUCUGCAAUGGCAGCAGCUUCGCUUUCUCGAUCCACGUUUGGAGCCGUUUUACCGUUUGCGGCAAAGCCCAUGUAUCGAGCUAUCGGUGUAGCUUGGGCGACUAGCUUGUUGGGCUUCUUCAGUCUCGCGCUGUGUGUCGUGCCUUUUGUGUUUGUGAGGUGGGGAGGCAAGAUGAGGGAGAAGAGCAAGUUUUGUCAGUAUCUGAGGGCGAAGAAGAAGGAAGAGGAGGAUGCGAGGGAGACUGAACGGCAGGGUGCAAGGAAGGUGAAUGGGAAGGAAGACGUGUAA